CAUUGUCAACAGCGAUUGUCUCUUGGCGCCUGUUUUGCUGUUGUAGCGCGUACCCGGCCUUUCUUUUUACUGGGUUUAUCAUUUACUUGGCGCGAAAUAUCUUUAUAUGCGUAAACUCAUAGAUUCGUAAUGGCAGGGGUUAGAUCUUUAGCGAUUAGAGGCAUAAGAAGCUUUGGUCCGGAGGACAAUGAUGAGCAACGCAUAUCGUUCGAUAAGCCAUUAACUUUGAUAUUGGGACAAAAUGGAUGUGGUAAAACUACGAUCAUCGAGUGUUUACGGUAUGCAAUAACAGGGCAAAUGCCCCCAGGGAGUCGGAAUGAAUGUUUUGUUCAUGAUGCUAAAGUGAACAGAUCUACCGAAGUGCACGGUCAAGUUAAACUGAAGAUCGUAAAUGCAAAAGAUAAACAACUUGAAGUGACGCGAUCUAUGAAAGUGACCUGUUUGGCAAAGAAGAAAACAAAAUUUCAGACUUUAGAUUCAUUUUUGUCCAUCUUAGAUGAAUCUGGGAAAGCUAAAGAUGUGUCGUCAAGAUGUGCCGACUUGGAUUCAGUUAUGCAUGAAGAACUGGGUGUACCUAAAGCUAUCUUGAAUUCAGUUAUAUUUUGCCAUCAAGAGGAUUCUAGUUGGCCACUAGACGAAGGCAAGAAAGUCAAAGAGCGCUUUGAUGAAAUAUUUGAUGCAGAUAAGUACAGUGAUUGCUUUGAUCGACUCAAGAAAAUCAGGAAAGACUAUGCUCAAAAUUUAAAACUUCUUGAACAAGAAGUAGCACAUUUGACUGAAAAGAAACAAGACCUAGACAAAAAGAAACUUGAUGUUGUGAACACAGAAACUAGAAUCUCAGAAGCAGAAUUGAAAGUUGUUGAUUUGAGUCAGGAGUUGAAACCUAUAACUGAAAAGUUGAAUGCAAUCAAAACACUUGAAAAUAACUUAUUAACGUUUGAAGCGAAAAGGGAGAAAAUUAAAGUCAGAUUAGAACAUUCUCGGACUCAAGAAGAGGAAUUGAAGAAGGCCAUCAAAACUCUUUUUGAAGGAACUCUACAAGAAUUGAAAGAAAACAUAAGUAACUAUGAUGCCCAAGCAAAAUCUAAGAAGAAAGAACUUGAUGAGUCUUAUACAAAAAAUACAUCAUUUAAUAAGGAGGAAGAAAAAAUAGCAAAUGAAAAGUCUUCCAACGAGAUAAAGUUCAACAAGCUUAUGCUACUGGAGAGCCAAAAUCAAGAGAAAAUGGACAAAAGAAAUGUAAUGAUUGUCGAAACUGCUAAGUUAGCAGAAGUUGAAGAAAUAAAUGAAGUGGAGUCAAAUGAGGAUGCCGAAAAAGCUUUAAAAACCAUAACUGCAAAAGUGCAAGAACUUAAGAAAGAGUUUAAUGAACAAAAAAAAUUGGCAGAUGAAGAAGAAAAGAAAAUGCAGGCAUUCGUUGAUGAAAGUAGAGAUGCCUGGUCUCGUCACAAACAACAAAUAGCUAGUAAAGAGGUGGAGAUAAACAAAAAUAAAAGGGAAAUGACCAAAUUGGAAAGAGAAAUAAACUCUGUCAAUAAAUCCAAAGAGAAAUUGAAUUUAGUUGAGAAGAAGCUAGCCACAGCCGAAGAGGAAUAUCAAAAGGCACAAGAAGAAAUAAACACCGAAGAAUGCCAACAAGAGUUGAAUAAUGAUGAAUCAAUAAUUGAGAAGCAUGAGCAAGAACUUUCAGAACUAGAUCAAAAGGUAACAAAAUUGCAAAAACAAAGCGCAAAGAUAAAGGAGCGCGACAUGACUGAAGAAUCUCUCAAAACAAAAGAAAAACAAUUUUCGACGUUGAAAAAUAAACAUAUAUCUGCAAUGUCUGAACUACUAGGCACUGUACCGGAAAAAGAUUUUGCUAUUACUAUCAAUAAAUUUGAGUGCGACGUGCGGUCAGAAGUAGAAUCACUCAAGAAGAAACUCAAGGAAAAACAAUUUGAGAUGACAACCUUAGAAGCGGAAAGAAAACACGUGCGGGAAAUGUUGAAUGAGCGCCGAAACGAACUAACGAAAGCCGAAGAUCAAAUGUACAAAGCUUGUGGAACACAAUCUUAUGAAACUACAUUGGCGAAGUACACCAGCAGUGUGGAGAAAUUACAGGAUGAACAAAAUGUGCUCCAAUCGUCAAUGUUUAUUAUUGCUAAAUACAAAGGACAACUGAAGGACAACAACUGUUGUCCCCUUUGCAACCGCGGAUUCGAUAAUGAAUCUGAAGUGACUGAUUUGAUCACACAACUAACAACUCAAGUAAUGAAUGUACCUGCAAAACUGGAGAAAGUUACUGAAGAAUUACAAAGAAACUCUGCUAAAAAGGAUGAAAUACUCAGUAUGAAGUCAUUGAAUGAAAAAAUAACUGUUCUUAAAGAUAAAGAUAUACCACAACUCGAAAAGAGACUGGUUGAGACUGAUACGCAAAUACAAAGCAUUUCGGAGUCCAUUGAUGAAAUAAAAACAUCGCUAGUUGAACCUGAGCAGAAAAUGUCAACGGCAAAACAAAUUCAUGGAGACAUGCCGCUUCUCGAUCGCUACCUUCAUGAAAUAAAAAAUGUCACUAAAAAAUUGGAUACUCUUAAAGAACAGUUAGUAGAUGUAGACACAAGUAUGAAUCUAGAUGAAGCAACAACGAAACAAAGUGAAUUGCGAACUGAGGUCACUACAAUCAGAAAUCGUAUGAAAGCCACACAGAAGAAAUUAAACGCUCACAAUAAAAAAUUGCAAUCUAUGGCUGACAUGAAAAACAAAAUUAAAGAGGAGGUUCUCUCUAUCCAAAAGAAGGUGCAAGAUCUUGUCAAUCUAGAACAAUCCAAGAAACAAUUAGAAGAAACCAGAGAAAAGAAUGACGCUGAAUUAAAAGAACUUCAGGACGCCCUCGGCUCUUUUGACACUGCUUUAAAAGAAAAGAUAAAUGCUAAAAAUGAAGUUGUUGAAAAGAACAAAGGUUUAAUUGAAGUAAAAAAUACGUACAUAACAAAAGUGGUUUCGUCGUUUGAUAAGGUGAAGACCAUUGAUACCGAGAUCAAACAGCACAAAGAAAGGAAUGUCCCGCGUGAAAUGGAAAAAAUUAAGGAAGCGAAUGAAAAACUUAUGGAAAAACAAAAGCAGAUCAUGGAUGAUAGACAAGUAUUAACAAAAAGAAUAGACAGUCUUAAAGACGAGCUGGCGAAACAAGAGAUCUAUAAGAGAGAUUUGGAGGAUAACCUUAAAUUGCGCAACGCACAAACAGAUAUUGAAAACUGCGAAAAAGAAGAUGCUGAGAUUAAUGAAAAAUUGAAUGGACUAAACAGAGAUGAGCUUACAGAGAAAGAAUCUUUGAUCAGUCAGCAAACCAAAAUAUUUAGAGAGAAAGCACAAACUGAAGGAAUGUUGAGUGAACUUAAGGAGAGAUUAAAGAUAAAUAAGGCUGAAUUGAAGAAAACCAUGAACAAAGACAUAGAAAAGAAAUUUAGGGAGAAGAUAUAUGAAUUGCAUGUUACAAAAGCCAUAGACAAAGAUAUAAGAGAUUAUGCUGUUGCUUUAGAAAAAUGCCUGAUGGAAUUCCACAGGGAAAAGAUGGAAAACAUCAAUCUCAUUAUAAGGGAGCUCUGGAGAAAGAUAUAUAGAGGGAAUGAUAUUGAUCACAUUGAAAUAAAGACUGAAGGAAGCGUGAGCACGGAAUCGGACCGUCGCAAAUAUGAUUACAGAGUUGUUCAAUCCAAGAAUGGCGUAGAAAUUGAUAUGCGCGGAAGGUGCAGUGCGGGACAGAAGGUUUUAGCAUGUCUUAUCAUAAGACUAGCGCUUGCUGAGACAUUUAGUACCAGAUUCGGUAUACUGGCUCUGGAUGAACCAACAACAAAUUUGGAUCAAGAAAAUAUUAGGAGCCUUUGCUCAGCACUUGGUGAAAUAGUACAAGAACGUAGGAUGCAGAAGAACUUUAUGUUUAUUAUUAUAACACAUGAUAAAGAGUUUAUAGAGUCGCUAGGUAAUAUUGAUAAAGUUUCUCAUUAUUAUGAAGUCUCUAGAAAUGAACAUGGCAAGUCUAGAGUCAAAAGAAUAAGGUUCACAUAAGUUCUUUUUCCAUAUUCUAUAACAAGUUAUAGCCAUUCCUUUUAAUAGAAAUCAUCCCUUCAGCAAUAGUUAGGAAGGCUGUGCCUUAAUUAUUCAUUAUGCAAUAUAAUCAUUAUAUCUACAAUAUAAGAAAAAUUAUCAUUGAAAAUCUUUUUUGUAAGUUAUAGACAUAGUUUAUUAACAUUUAAUUACUUUAUUAAAUAACAUUUUCUAAAAAAU